CCUCCCGCCAGCCGCUGCUUUAAGAGGCUGCUCCGCGGUAGCGAGCGGGGCCGGAGCCGCAGCCCGAACGAGCGGACCGAGCCGACCGGGCAGGUGCACGGCUGCGGGGACGGCAGCGGCAUGACCGGCCACCACGGCUGGGGCUACGGCCAGGACGACGGCCCCUCGCAUUGGCACAAGCUGUAUCCCAUUGCCCAGGGAGAUCGCCAAUCACCCAUCAAUAUCAUCUCCAGCCAGGCUGUGUACUCUCCCAGCCUGCAACCACUGGAGCUUUCCUAUGAGGCCUGCAUGUCCCUCAGCAUCACCAACAAUGGCCACUCUGUCCAGGUAGACUUCAAUGACAGCGAUGACCGAACCGUGGUGACUGGGGGCCCCCUGGAAGGGCCCUACCGCCUCAAGCAGUUUCACUUCCACUGGGGCAAGAAGCACGAUGUGGGUUCUGAGCACACGGUGGACGGCAAGUCCUUCCCCAGCGAGCUGCAUCUGGUUCACUGGAAUGCCAAGAAGUACAGCACUUUUGGGGAGGCGGCCUCAGCACCUGAUGGCCUGGCUGUGGUUGGUGUUUUCUUGGAGACAGGAGACGAGCACCCCAGCAUGAAUCGUCUGACAGAUGCGCUCUACAUGGUCCGGUUCAAGGGCACCAAAGCCCAGUUCAGCUGCUUCAACCCCAAGUGCCUCCUGCCUGCCAGCCGGCACUACUGGACCUACCCGGGCUCUCUGACGACUCCCCCACUCAGUGAGAGUGUCACCUGGAUUGUGCUCCGGGAGCCCAUCUGCAUCUCUGAAAGGCAGAUGGGGAAGUUCCGGAGCCUGCUUUUUACCUCGGAGGACGAUGAGAGGAUCCACAUGGUGAACAACUUCCGGCCACCACAGCCACUGAAGGGCCGCGUGGUGAAGGCCUCCUUCCGGGCCUGAGCUGCCCAUCUGCCUAGCCGGCCACUAGGGCACCAUCUUCCCAAGGGCUUCCAUGUCAGCAGACACCAAACCAUCUGAGGCUUCCUCCCUGGGGGGUGCUGGGGACCCUCCUUCAGCCAGUUUGCUCCUUGGUCACCCUGGAGGCUUCUGGAUGGGACCCUUGAGUCUGGGGCACCCUUCAGCUGCCCUGGGGACAGGAAGGACAGGAGCUAAGCAGGGUCCAAGCCUGGGGCUGCCUCUGCUCUCCAAGACCCAAAGACCCCGGGAACCUCCUCUGGUCUUCCCCACUGGCAGUGGCAGCAGCCCCACCCCGAGCGCACACUGUGAUGGAGGAGACUGAGCUCCCUAGGGCGGGCAGCUGACACUACCAGAGAGACUCAAGCAAUAAUUAGAGGUGGGCAGAGCUGCCCUCUCGGCAUUACCUCUUCUGCAGGCUCUGCCAUGCACGCACCUCACUGCCAGGCCAUUAAAAUCAGCACCCAGCAUGCUGGAGGUGACGUGGCCUUCUCCCUCCAGCCACCUGCUGCCACGGGCAGGCCCUGGCUAUAGCUUAUACAGUAUCUCCCCUUGUCCCCACCCAGUCACCAAAGCCACCUACAUGACAGUCCAUCCCUGUUGAAUUAAUAAAUUCAUGUAUCCAUGCAACAAAUACCAAUUGAGUGCUUGUGCUGUCUCUAGUACCAUCCUAGGCUUUGGAGAGCAAUGGUGGUGAGUUAAGCACUAUGCGUUGGGAGGGAUAUGAGUGGUGAGCAGGUGAGGGUUACACAAAGGGCAGGGAAGGGGCUAUGGGAGCAGACGAGAGGGGAAGACCAUGUCACUCAGCAAAGAAAUGAAAUUCUGGUCAGGCGUGGUGGCUCACGCUUACAGUCCCAGCACUUUGGGAGGCCAAAGCAGAUGGAUCACUUGAGCUCAGGAGUUCGAGACCAGCCUGGCCAACUGCUGAAACCCCGUCUCUACUAAAAUUACAAAAAUUAGCUGGGUGAUAGUGGUGUGCACCUGUAAUCCCAGCUGCUCAGGAGCCUGAGGCAGGAGAAUCGCUUGAACCCAGGAGGCAGAG